AUGCAGAUCGCACAUCACUGUUCAAAAAUCACCAACAAUCCGGAGUGGACAUGGAUCAGGUUCAAGCCAUGCGCAUUUUUACCCGCAUCGUCGAACUGGGCAGCUUCAGCCGGGCGGCCGAGCGCCUGCAGCUGCCGCGCGCCACGUCAGCAAGCGCUGAAACGGCUGGAGCAGCGGCUGGGCGUGCGCCUGCUGAUCCGCACCACCCGCCAGGUACAGGUGACCAGCGAAGGCAGCCUUUACUAUCAACGCUGCGUACAGCUGCUGGGGGCGCUUGAGGAAGCGGACACGCUGUUCAGCCACCUAAGCUGCAGCCAUCCGGCAAGGUGCGUAUCGACAUGCCCCAUUCGCUCGCGCCAGAUCGUCAUUCCGGCGCUGGGCGACUUUUACCGGCGCUAUCCCGACAUCACGCUGGCGCUGGGUGCCAACGACACCCACGUCGAUCUGUUGCGCGAAGGCGUAGACUGCGUGCUGCGCGCCUGGGAAACCGAAGACGACAGCCUGGUGGCGCGGCGCAUCGCCCAGCUGCCGCAGAUCACCUGCGCUUCCCCCUUACCUGCAGGCCAGCGGCACGCCGCUCGACAUCGAUAG